AUGGGCACAAUAAAUGAAAUAAACGCUCUACGAAUUCAAUUCCAUGAGGAUUCGAAAUGGGUUGAAGAGAAUAUUCCAAAUCUCCGGCCAAAGGAUCUCGAGGAAUUUUACGGGCUUUACAAACAAGCGACGGAAAAUGGAAAAUUCGAGCAAGAAAAGAAACCAAGCAUGCUUGAUUGGCAUGAAAAAGCAAAGUACAAGUCGUGGAAAAAGGUCAAGGACUAUACUACCAAGCAGGCGAUGGAAAGCUACACUGAAAAGGUCGACUUCAUCAAGCAAAACAAACUAAACGACUUCAAACCGACGAAGAAGGAAAAAGAAGCGAUGCUCAAAUGCGAUGCAAACAAUCACUGCGUCAAUCCAAAGCUACUUGAGAAUGUUUCUAAAGAACUCGAAUAA